UGAUAUGCUAUUGUGUGAUUCUGUAAAGAAAAAAAAGUUGCCUUGGGCUCGCAAUGCCUGGCGCAAAGUAUGAACAGCUGUCGUUAAAGUCUGAUGCCGAUGAAGACAUACUUACAAGUAAACCAAAGGCAAAAUGGUGUGAUUUGUGUUUUCAAAAAAGUCUACUUUCUUUAGGCUUGAUUCUUUUAUAUUUUUCUUUAUCAAUUGGCCUUACUUUCUAUCAAAGAUGGCUAUUAAAGGAUUUUCAUUACCCCCUAACAGUGGUAAUGUACCACUUGGUUGUCAAAUGGAUAUUAUCAGUAAUUGUGCGUUCCAUUUUAUAUUUAAUUACGGGGACCUCACAACUGGUGUUGUCAUUUAUGACAUGCUUGAGGUCAGUUGCACCUACGGGACUUGCAAGUGGAAUUGAUGUCGGAUUUUCUAACUGGGGAUUGGAACUUGUAACAAUCUCUCUCUACACUAUGACUAAAUCGACAACAAUUAUAUUUAUACUUGGAUUUGCUAUUCUUUUAGGACUUGAGAAGAAGUCGUGGUCCCUAGUUGGGAUAGUGUUGAUGAUAGCGAUUGGCCUCAUAAUGUUCACAUACAAAGCAACGCAGUUUAAUCUACUCGGAUUUAAUUUUUUGCUGCUUGCAUCGUUCGCUGCUGGGCUCCGUUGGACUUUUGCUCAGUUAUUAAUGCAGAAAUCAAAACUCGGGCUUCAUAAUCCUGUUGAUAUGGUGUUUCACGUGCAACCAUGGAUGUUUCUAUCAUUACUACCUUUCACUAUAAUGUUUGAAGGCUCGAAGUGUAUUGAUGAGUUACUCAAGCUAUCUCCUGAAGAACUAAUGCCCACAAUACUUAAGGUGUCCGUUGGGGCGACGAUAGCCUUCGCUAUGGAAAUUAGUGAAUUUUUAGUCGUCACUUACACUUCUAGUUUGACGUUGUCAAUUGCGGGUAUAUUUAAGGAGAUGUGUAUUCUAGUCCUAGCCGUGGAAGUGAGCGGGGAUCAGCUCAGUCCGAUAAACGUGGUCGGUUUGGCGGUUUGUCUCUUGGGUAUAAUUGGUCACAUCGUCCACAAACUACUCGUUAUAAGGUCCGUGGCAGGCACUGUACACGCAGUCGACUUUGAUGUAGUUCAAAGACCUCGCAAAGCAAAGUCUGAAGAUGAGCACCACGAACUGUUGUUAGAUGAAAGUAAGUGGCAGAACGCUAGCGAGGAAAGCGAUAUUGACUCCAAUGUUGUUCUCUUUGAAAUCAUGCAGAGAAGAGACGGGAAAUUAUAA